AUGCGCGGCACCCUGUCUGGCAAGCUUUCCAGGUUCCCCUACCUGCAACACCUGACUACUAUGACGCCAGAUUCUCUAGGGUUCUCCAGAGACCGUUUCGAAAUCCAACAAGACUGUGGCGAGGAAAGACGGGAUGUCGCGUUCCUUGAUGGACAUGCUGGUGAUGAAGAUCAAGUCAAAAACCCAGGGAUUGUCAUCCAUGGAAUACAACGCUCUGCAAGUAGGAAUGACAAUGGGAUGUGCAUGGACUGGUCCCCUGUUGUGAGACGGUAG